AUGACUUCGGUAGAUGAUAUCGUUUCCCAACCAACAGCCGCACACUCAACUUUUGCCCACCUCUGUCUCGGACAAUCUCCCCAGAUCAUUGUGGCUCGCCUCCUCCGAGUUUUUGAGGAAUCGCCGACCAUGAACAACGACAGUGAAGCCAGGGGAAUCACUAUACUACUACUUGAUGAAAAGGAUUCAACUAUCACUGGAUUCAUACCGGCGGCUGCAGCCAAUCGGCACAGAGAAGCUUUGAAAGAGGGGGUGAUCAUCAAAGUGACCAAUUUUGAGGUCAAAAAAUGCCAACAUAUGUUCAAAAUCACAGAGCAUACUCAUGCCAUCCGCUUCACCUCCCAGACCACUAUUGAUGAAGUCAUGAAUAAUUAUCCGGCUAUCAACCAACAGAGAUUCAUGGUUCGGGGGUAUGAGCACCUACAAAUCCUUGCCAAUACAGAUUUGGAACUACCUGGUAUAUAUAAAACAUAA